AUGGAAGAGGAGUUAACCAAAAGUAAUUCACAAGUGAACAGUAAUACAAAUAAUGAAGUGAACAACAAUACUACGACUGCUACUACUACUACUAAUAAUAAUAUGUCGAAGUGUUUCGGAAGAAAUUUAGCUAUUGCUGAUGAAUGGAUUCAAGCAACCGAAGCAAGAUAUGACUCAAUGGAAAAUUUAUUACAGUCAGUACGUCAUGAUAUAGAUGUAUUAACAGAACGUUUGAAUCAAACAACACCAACCUCACCUGGACUUAAUCGAUCAACAGCGAAAUCGAUGAUUCGUAGUAAACAAACUGAUUCGAACGGGAAACACUCACUCACAACAUCGGAAAAAUUAAAGCCAUCAUCUCCUUCAUUUCAGUCAGAAACAAGCCAAUCUUCAUUAGUGUCCCAUCAAAAGAAUUUAUCAGAUAACUUAAGAUGUAUGCCCGAAGAAGAACUAUUAAAUUUAAUGAAUGAUAGAGAAGAGUUUAUGGAUAUACAGAUACGUCAGGUGAAAAAUCAGUUUUCCAACUUUACCAAUGAGGAAUCAUUUUAUUGUAGUAAUAGUCAACAAUUCAGCGGUAAUCACAAGGAUAGUAAUCAUCCAAAUAAUAUUAAUACUAGUAUUAUUACCGUUAAUAAUAACCGUAAUAAUGAAAGUAUUGUUGAGGAAGAGAAGUAUUUAACAAAAACAUGGAGAUCACCAUCCGAUUUUAAUUUACAUGAUCCAUUUUAUGACAAUUCAUACGAUUUUACAAAUGAAAAUUAUGGUAAUAAUAAUAAUAAUACCAGUAAUUCUAAGCAGCUUAGAACCGUACAUUAUAUUAGAACUAGACAAAUGAACAGUAACGAUACAAUAAACAAUGAUAUUCAUAAUGAUGAUGACGAUGAUGAUGAUGAUGAUGAUGAUGAUGAUGAUGAUGACGAAGUUAUUGAGUAUAAUUUCCCUUCUCAUGAUCAUCAAUCUAUGAUAGAAACUGAUUUAGACGAUUAUCGACCAGACAAGCAAGAGAAUAGCACCACUGAAUCAGAGAACAGUUUAUCACCUGCCAUAUCACCGACAUUUGGCAAUUUAGGAUCAGAUGAAAUUAAAUUGCAAAAUAUGAUUAUAUCAAAUAAUGAUACAAUUACAUUUCCAAUAGAGAACAAAUAUUCAACUGAUAAUAACAAUGAUUUGAAUGAUAAAAAGUUAAACAGUGAAGAAUUUAAAGUCUACGAUAAUGGAUAUUCACUAACAACAAUUGAUGAAGCUUCAGAAGAGAAUGAUGAAGAUGAUUGGUCAUCUUAUGAACAUGAGAUUCCGAUCAAUAAUAAUAACAACAAUAACAGUACCGAAAAAUCCAUGGAAGAAGAUGAUAGAAUUUUGCAAUCUUCGUUUGAAUAUUAUAAAAAUGAUGAAUUAUCAACGAACCAAUCAAUAAACCAGGAGUUUAAACCAUCAAGCAUCAAUAAUGAUAGUACUGCUGAUCAACAACUAAAAGAUAAUGUUGAUAAUAAUACUUUAAACCAGCAACUACAACAAUCUGAGAUGAUUAAACAUAGUAGUGAAAACAAUAAUAGUAAUACUAAUUCCUUCGUAAAUAAUGAAAAAUAUGUAAGUGAGUAUAGUUCACAAUCACCUAAUAUUGUUCUGUUACGACCUAAAAGAGUGGAUAAUUCAUGCGUAACUGUAAGUCACCUUAAAUCACGACCCGUUUCAGCUGAAAUUCGUAAUAAUAACAAUAAUAGCAACAAUAGAAAAUUAGAAAAAUCACAUUCUGGUUCUUUAAGUUCCAUGUUGUCAACAGUAAGUCAAGAAGGUAUUAUUAGUGAAGCCGAUUCCUAUGUGACUGUAUGCAGUCAUUUAGUUGGUACAGGCAGUGAAGAAGCUUAUAUAACAGCGCAAAGUGAUUCAGAUGCAUUUAAUGAACAAACAUUAUAUACAAAUUCACAAACAGAUGAAGAAAAUGAUUAUCAAACAUUAUCACGUAAAAAAGCCAAGACAUUAACUUGUCGUAGUCAAAAACGUAAAUGUACUAUCGAUGAAGAUUUAGGCAGUCAGACAGCAUCUGAUUCAGAAAAUGAUGAUGAAGCUAUCUUAGAUUCAACAUUAACCACAUCGACAGCAGUAACAGUCACACCGAAAUUUACUAAAUUACCAUCAAAAUUAAUUGCAUCAUCUGAAAAUACUGUUGAAUUAAAACAAAAUGAUAUUGAACCAUUUUAUGCCAAUACUUUAAACAGUAUGGAUGGUAAUAAUAAUGAUCAUUUAUGUAAAAUACAGAAAAAUGAAGAAUUAUCAAAAAAUGUUAAAGAUGAAUCGAACAAGUUGGAAGUUAACGAUGCUAACAAAAAGAUUUCUACAGCUUCAUAUAAACGAGUUACACUGAAACGACCUAAUCGCAUUCAUAAUAAUCUAACAGAUCCACUCAGAUCUCUCUCAGAUUCCGAUAAUGAAUCCAAUGACUCCAUAUCAAAUUCACCAUCACCAUCGUCAUUCACUUCAUCAUCAUCUGAUGACGAUGAUGAUGAAGAUGACAAUCUAAAUGAAGCUCAUUAUGAUACAUCACAACCGGAAUCAUGGAUUAAUACAAACUUUAAACAAUUAAGUGGUAUCAUUCUACCAGACAUGAUAUAUCGACCAAAUUAUCAUACAACAACAAAUAAAUCUAAAAAGAAACGUUUAUCGAAAAUUGUUGAAACAAGUCAAUGUUCACUAAAUGAUGAUGGUGAUGAUAAUGAUCAUUAUGAUGAAAAUCAACAAAUUACUUCUUGUAAUUCUGAUGAAAAUGAUAAAGUAGAACCGUCAUCAUCAUCACAAAAAGAUGAAACUUUCUUUGCUUCAACAAAUGUUUCUAGUACACAUAGACCUACAUUAUCAAAUAACAUAUUUAAUUCUGAUACGUUUAAACUAGAAGUGAUCAAUAAGAACACAAGGGCGUUGACUCAAUCUGAUCAUUCAUUGGUUGAGAAUAAUGGACCAGUCACACCCGUUGUACAAUAUACCGAUGUAAAUGAUAAAAAUAUUCUCGUUGGUAAUCAAAACAACCAACAAUUUUCAGUCAAUCAACAUAAAAAAGCAAAUGCAAAUUUUCAGUCGGAAUUAAAUACAGUUAAUUUGCAAUAUGAAAACCACAAUACUGAAAAUGAAAAACAAAAUUAUUCGGAUAAACAUGUAUAUAGUAAAGAAAGAGAUAAUUUGACAGAAAAUACUGAACUAAUUAAGCCACAAGAAAUUAUUAUAACUAAUAAGGAAGACGGAUCAAGUAAAAAAAAAGUUGUUGAAGAUCAUUCUGAAAUAAUGUAUCAUCAUAAUAUGCGGCUACCUCAGACAUCAUCAUCAUCAUCAAUGUCAUCAACCUAUGUCCGAAAGGAACACUAUUUUCCAAAACACUUACAAACUAGUGAACAUCAAACAUCAAAUGAAGAGAAGCUUGCGCAUAGAUAUAACGAACAUAUUCAAAUCAUUCAUAAUUCCAGUUCUCCUCAAAUUUAUGUGUCAGGUUUAUAUGAGAAUAGUCUUACGGAUUCAAAACGUACGGAAGAAACAGUACAAUCAGACUUUCAUAAAGCAUAUUCAAAUGAACAUCAUGAUCAUCAAACUUUCAGAUCAAUAAAUCGCUUAAUAAAUGUUAGAGAUGAAACGAAAACAGUUAAGCCAUAUGAAAGUCAUUCAGAAAAUUUCUAUGACAAUGAAUUAGAUGAAUAUAGCCGAAUAAAUAAAGUGCCAGGUAAUAUUAAAAAUCAAUCAACAAUAGGAGCAAUGCCAUCAACAAUUCUUGCUAAAUCUCCAUUUAUUAUAGAAGAUCGCUCAAGGUAUAUAGAUAAAAAUCACAAUACAUCACUGUUACAAGAAAAGGAAUCAUCAACUAAUACAGUUUUAUAUGAGACAAUUAAACAACCUACAUCACAUCAUUAUUAUCAACCAAUAAAAGCUGAUCAAGAUGAUAUUCAACUGGCAUCACAAAGAAAAAGUCGUAUUUUACAAGGCGAUGGUGACAGUCUAGAUGAUUUAGUUCAUAAUUCUACUAAACUCAUACCAGGACCAAUUUUACCUGAAAAAGUGUUUAUAGACAAUCAAAUCAUCAAUAAUUUAAGUGUAACUGAAAGCUAUCGACAAAACAUCCCCGAAGUAAAAGAAAUAACUGAAGAGCGAAAUUAUGAACCAAUUUAUAAUAGUCCAUCAUAUAAAUCCGUGAUAAUAAAAGAUGAAACUCAUAAACCUGUAAUUAAAUCGGACGAAUCGGUUAAUGAAUUUAGUGAGAAUAAAUGUUGUUUACCAUCACCUUCAAAUUUUAAUGUACGUUUGGAUCUGAAGAGUGAAGAGCUACGCAAAGUGGGUGAAAUUAAAGACCCCAUUAAGUUACCUGAUACUCCGAUCUUUAAAAAAGACUUAAUAAGUAAACACAGAAAAACCAGUCCAAGUCCCCCAAGGAACCGUCAUAUUCUAUCAUCCAGUACAGUCACAUCUAAACCACCAACUCAUUAUAUUUCACGUACAAAAUGGCACUUAAAACCAAUACCCACGGACGAUGAGAUACGUGAACGUUUGAGGAGUUCUAGUCGCAAAAGACAAGAAGAACGUCAGUCCCGUUCUCCACAAAAUCCUCAGCCUUCAACUUAUCGUCCACGUAGUUCAAGAUCAGAGUCACGUUAUCGUUUCACGGAUCUAGAUUCAGCUAUAGCUGAGUCGAGAGCUGAUACAAACGACACUACAUAUCAGUUAAAUACUGAUAGUGAACCACAUUCAGAAGCAAGGCAGUCUGCCUCGUUGUUUGAUUUGGAUGCUCACAUUCAAAAAUCAAAAUCACCAACCAUACCAUCUUAUCAACAUUCUUCUGGUGCAUAUAACAUUCAAAAUGAAACAAAUAAAUUACUAUCGAGGAAAUUUUUUGGUGAUACUAAAUCGUAUAGUUCUCUGUUAGAGACAGAUAUCGAUACUGGUGAAAAUUUCAAACGACCUGUUAUUUUGGAAACUGACUUAGAUAAAUUAAAUACUCAAAUUAAUGAUGGAUCUUUUGAUGCUGCAUUAAUUGACACAUAUCAAGAUCGAACGCGUAGUUUGUACAAUCUCACUUUCACACGUACUCCUGGAGCGUUCCGUCGACAAAAAUCGAAUGAAUUUGGUGAAAACACAGUACAAACUAGUGGAAUUGAACUAAUACAGUCACCAAAUGAUCAAUGGCAUAAAGCUAAAAGUUAUCAAGGUCUUGUUAAUAAUGAAGAAUCUGAUCAACAAAAAAUACCACCUCAAUAUGAGGUAGCAAGAUAUAAAAAGAAAACAAAUGGUGGUGCACAAGGUUUAAUUGAUCGAUUAAAAGAGAAAGCACGUUCAACACAUGAAUUAAGAAUAGCUCAAUCAUUAACAAAAUUACAUAUUCCUGAAUGGUUAGACAAAGCAAAUUGUUUACAGAACACAUCUGAUUUAAUACCAACUAAUACAAUGAAAGAAUAUCAUACAAAUGAGAGUAGGCUACAAUUAGAACAGACAACUCAAAAACAUUUUCCCAGUCCAUCGUAUACACCACGUACAAAUAAGGCACUGAUUUCAUCACUUCGAUCUUUAUCGAGUGUUUCCAAACCUGGUGAUAAUUCACUUACAAAUAUAUCAAAUUUAUCACAAAAAACAAUUGAAACAAUAGCUGAACCAGUAUGGCCAAAAUCAGGAAGUUUAAAUUCACCGAAUUUUAUUAGACCUAGUCAAUUAAUUAAACAAAAAUCUGGACAAACUAGUAAUUAUCUACGUCCUAUUCAAUCAAAAUUAAAUAAUUCAAUGCGUUCAUUAAGUGCACAACGAUAUAAAUCAACUGAACUACAAGAUAUUCGACCACAAGUUGCUCCAAGACAUAAUUAUACUAGAGGACAAGGUAAAUUAAUUGAACUAAAUCCACAAGAUUUUAUACCAAAAUAUGAACAAAGAUGGUGUAAAGAAAAAUUGAAUAGAUUUAAUCGAGCAACUACUGAACCACCAGAAAAAUAUGAUGCUAAUAAAUCAACAUUAUAUUUAGACAGUAAUUCAAAAUCAGAUAUAAAAAAUCAGUGUGAUUCAACCAAAAACAUUAAUUUGAUUUCAUCACCGAAUAUUAGAACUCAGAAAUGUGAUACUUAUUCAAAGCCUACUAUAUCAUUAUCUGAUAUAAAAGAUGUUGAUCAUGAUUCAGGAACAGAAAAUUCAAAUGAACAUCAGAAAAUUUCUUUUGAAGAGGAUAGAAAAAAAUAUGACAUGAAAUAUGAAAAUGUUACUACUACUAAUAUCUCAGUAAAACCGAAACAAUAUCUAAAUCAAAACAAUCUUGAAGUGAAACAGUUCACCCAAAAGAAUGCUGGUAGUAUUGAAAAUUGUCUUAGUUUAGAUGAUUCGGAAAGUAAAGAGUCUUCACAAAUGAUAAAUAUACCAGAUAAAAUUUCAUAUAAUGAAUUAUCUUCGGCAGAUGUAGAUGGUGAAACUGAAUCUGAAGUUACAGAUGGGUUUGAUCAGUUAUCUGAUUUAACUUGUCUCACUUCAUUGCUCGAUACAUGUUCAUCAAGACAUCGCAGUCUUCUUGCAAAUAGGCCAUCAGCACUUGAACACUUAUUAAUAAGUGUUGGCUGGUGGCCUGUGUAUCCAGAGGCUGAACAUCGCUAUCUUCCUCCUACUGCGGCCGAAGCCAUUUCUAUUGCAGCUCACGAGUUUGACAUUAAAGAGGAUUCUCAUCGUCAUGAAUUUUUACAACUAAUUUCUGGACCAGACAGUUAUAAGCCAUUAAAUUUAGGAGAAUUCGGAUUAAAUCAGCUGUCUGGUGCGAUGACACGUCAUCCAGUUGAUGGUUUACUAUACAUAAGUUGUGGUAACUUUUCAUGCUCGACAAAACCCGUACCAGUGUCUCAAGCUAAUAAAUGGUAUGCAUGUGCUAACUGUUUUACGCUAUAUUGUUCAAAUAAAUGUCGAGAAGAGUGUGAAAGUAAUCCCAGUGAUCAUCCUUCAAAUUGUUCAUUUUCUAGAGCUAAACGUGUUUGUGGUCGUCUGUUGAGAAAUCUUGCUCCAGGUCAGAUUACAGGUCUUACAGCUCUUGCUAAAACUGGAAUGGCUCGUCUUGGAAGAGGUGGUAUACUUCUAUCGUUUUCAUUAAUUAAACAUGCUGAAAUAUUUUUACAACGAUCAUUAGAACAUUCAUUUGUAAAUGAAGAACUAGAUGAUACUUCUAUAGAAAAAGCGCUUCAUCACUGGGAAAGGUUUCAUCAACCAAGUCCAGGAGGUUUAAUGGCUCCUCCUACAUAUCUUACGCUUAAUGAGCUGGAAGAAUUAGAUUCAAGUAUUGCUAAUCCAUGCAGAUCAUACAAUCCUUCUUCAAGUAUGGUUCUAAUCGUAGUUGUAUGUGCAUAUGAGUUGAUUGCUCGAGCAGAUGGUCGGCCAGUGCAUUUGUUUAAGCAAAGUUUAACAUUACCAUUUCCUUCUCAUUCAAAUGUAAGAAGUAAAAAUGAAGUUACUAAUAUACAAAAUACACAACUUACUGAAAAGCCUACAAUACCACAUGUAAAUGGUGCCACAGUCAAAAUGGAUAAACAAGCAACAGCAGCUAGAGAAGCCUACAUGCUUCGUUUACAACGUAUGCUUCGUGAACGAGGUGUUAGUUUAAGACAUCAUUAUCCAGAAAUUUAUACAAGAAUAGCAAAUUUUGUUGAAACUGGCAUACCAUUCAGUGUGAUACGAAUCACAUUCGAUGAUUUUAUUUUACAACAACAAGUUAAUUGUAUAAUUCAACCAAUGAAAGAUUUGUAUAUAGAACCAGUCAAUAGUAAUAAUAAUAAUAAUAACAGUAAUCAUUAUUUAAAUGAAACAGAAAUUAAUAAAUCUUCAACUAAUAACAUACAAUCAAAACAUGUAAAAAGUUGCAAACCAAAUGAUAUUGUUUCAGUGAAUCGAAAAAAAAUAAAUGAAACCAAUUUCUAG